AUGAAUUCGAAGCCUCCCCUCCCACAAACAUUCUACUCAUCCGCCCCCCAUCUUGAAGAGCUUACAGUAAGUCAACUCUUGAAUCCAGACUCCCUCUCAUGGAAUUACACGUUGGUCCAAUCUAUUCUUAAUCCACAAGAUGUUGUUGCCGUAACUUCUAUUCCCUUACAUGUUCGCUUAAUGGAAGACACUUGUUUGUGGAAUGCUUCGUAUGACGGAAAGUACACAGUAAAGUCAGCCUAUCGCAUAUGCGUCGAUCUCCUCCAUUCAACUACAGAUUCAAUUCACUAUCCAUGGAUGAACCUGUGGAAACUAAAGACUCCACAUCGCGUCGGCUCAUUCCUUUGCCGUCUUGCUCAUCAAUGCUUGCCUACACGCACAAAUCUCAACACGAGAGGCAUUCCAUGUGACGAUUCGUGUGUUAUAUGUGAAUCACUGUUGAAACUCAUAUGCACCUUUUCUUUGUUUGUUCCAAGGCUACGGAAUUUUGGGAUCAUAUUGGCAUGGGAAAUCAAAUUCGUGAGCUGCUGCAACAGGCUAAUGAUUUCACUUCUAUUAUCUCUAUACGAACAACAAAUAGCUGCUAUGUUAUGCUGGAGUUUGUGGAAGACACGAAACACAAAACUUUGGGAGGCUUUAGACACAACUUCGUCCUUCACCGUCUCGCGAACGAAAGACACCCUUCAUGAAUGGAGCUGUAUGCAAAGAGUAAAACCCCAUGUCCUGAAUGUGGAGUACCCUACCUCUUGGACAAAACCACCAGCUGGUGUGAUCAAAUGUAAUGUAGACGCUGCAAUAUUCCACAACAACACGAUAGGAUACAGAAUGUGUUUCCGAAACUCUGUGGGCCACUUCUUGAUGGGGAAAUCUGCCCACCUUCACUCCUCAGUAUUUGUCCUAGAAGCAGAAGCUCUUGCAUUGCUUGCAGCAAUCAACACGGCCAUUUCACUUGGUUACCACAAUGUUAUGUUUGAAACUGACAGCAAGUUGCUUGCAGAUGCCAUAAUUUCUUCUUCAUCCUUCCACAAUGAGCUCGGGGACCUGCUAGUUCAGUGUAGGGGUCUCUUGGCUACCAACUUCGACUUUAUAGUGUCGUUUAUUCGGAAGCAAGCGAAUAGGGUUGCACAUAGCAUAGCUAGAGCAUCCUUAUGCCAUCCUAGCCCCCAUAUCUUUUAUAUUGUAUCAGAUGAUCUGUACUCUAUAAUUAUUAAUGAAAUGCAUUAA